AUGGAGGCGGGACUCGUAGUCCGGGGUGAGGUUGUAGAGGAGGCGAUGGAUUUGGAGUGGUACGGGGAGGGCAGCUUGGCGUGCUGCAAGGCGAUCAGCGACCUCCCGCAUGCGUCCCACAUAGUCAACUGCGCCGUCACACGUAGCGAGGGUGAUGGAGAAGUACUCCUGGAAAAGGGCGCCGGCCGAGCUGAUGUCGCGACGCUCAAACAUUGCCUGGAGCUCGGCCCAAAUGAGGGAGGCGCGCAUCUCGCGAGCUUGAAAGCGGCGCAUGAGGGCGUCGGGGAGGGCGCCGAGGAGGAUGGUGCAGGCGCAGUUGCGAGUGGCACGUUCCGCUGUUGCAAAGUCGUGAUGAUGCACCGCAACUUCAUGCUCCGCCUUGCGGAUGAGGUACUCGCGGCGAUGAGGGGAGGAGGGAGGAAGGUGGCAUCAGCGGCCUCCUGGAGUUCUGGAGUAGCGGCGAUCACCAAGGUAGGUUCAGGAGGAGGAGGGCCAGGGGGAAUGGAGGGAGGAGGGGGUUCACCGAGGUGA